GCGAGCCGCAGAAGCCGCGUUCAUGUGGCGGGGUUUAAUCGGCCGCGCGCACGGAACCCGACCGGACCAAGUUGUUUUAGGUUUGGACCCGAGACCUGCGAGUGGUUCCGACGGUGUGCCGAGCUGAGUUGCUGGUAGCGGAGGUGGACACCUGGGAGACGGGGGCGCGGAUUUCCAGCCGAGACGAGUCGAGCCGAGCCGAGCCGAGCCGAGCGGCGGCGGCGGGACCGGGAUGGACGGCUUUAGGCAGGAAUUAGGGCCGUCCGUCAAUCACUUUCGGCUCUUGUGUGUCUGAGGCGGCUGAGAUGAGUCUGUGGAGGCGAGACAUCCCCCUGUCAGAGAGCCUGGGAGAGGAUGUCCCGCUGGCCGUGGCGCCCGGUACGCCACUCAGCGCCGUUCCAACAGGCCCCAACAUUUCCUGGCUCCCCGAGGCUCCCCUGCUGACCGCGGACCAGCCCAUCUUUCUCAUGACCCCCGCCUCGCAGUCCAUCUCUGGCUUCUUUGUGUGGACCGCCCUCAUCCUCACCUGCCACCAGAUCUACAUGCACCUGCGGUUCUACAGUUCCCCGAACGAGCAGCGUCACAUCGUCCGCAUCCUCUUCAUCGUCCCCAUCUAUGCCUUCGACUCCUGGCUCAGCCUCCUCUUCUUCACAAAUGACCAGUACUACGUCUACUUCGACACCAUCAGGGACUGCUACGAAGCGUUUGUGAUUUACAACUUCCUGAGUCUGUGUUACGAGUACCUGGGAGGAGAGAGUGCCAUCAUGGCCGAGAUCAGAGGGAAACCCAUCAAGUCCAGCUGUGUGUACGGUACCUGCUGUCUGUGGGGUAAAGCCUACUCCAUCGGCUUCCUGAGGUUCUGCAAGCAGGCCACACUGCAGUUCUGCGUGGUCAAACCGCUCAUGGCCAUCAUCACGGUCAUCCUGCAGGCCUACGGCAAAUACAGAGACGGCGACUUCAAUGUUGCCAGCGGCUACCUGUACGUGACCAUCAUUUACAACAUCUCUGUGAGUCUCUCUCUGUACGCGCUCUUCCUCUUCUACUUCGCCACCAGGGAGCUGCUGAGCCCUUACAACCCCAUGCUCAAGUUCUUCAUGGUCAAGUCCGUCAUCUUCCUCUCCUUCUGGCAGGGCAUGUUGCUGGCCAUCCUGGAGAAGUGCGGGGCGAUCCCUCAGAUCAAUUCGGUGGAGGUGUCUGUGGGUGAGGGCACGGUCGCGGCCGGCUACCAGAACUUCAUCAUUUGCAUCGAGAUGUUUUUUGCAGCUGUGGCCCUGCGGCAUGCCUUCACAUACAAAGUCUAUAUGGACAAGAGGCUCGAUUCCCAAGGCCGCUGUGCCCCCAUGAAGAGCAUCUCCAGCAGCCUGAAGGAGACCAUGAGUCCCGGGGACAUGGUCCAGGACGCCAUCCACAACUUCUCGCCAGCCUACCAGCAAUACACCCAGCAGUCCACGCUGGAGCAGGGGGCGCCGCAGCCCAUCCCCCGCACGCACAGCGCCACCGGUCCCCGCAGCGACACAGAAAAAACGCUCCUCCUCAGCUCUGAUGACGAAUUCUAGACGCACGUAGGCGCCUUCGCCUUCGCCUCGCGUUUUCUGCAAGCGCAGCUGGACCACAGCCCCUCCUCCUUUAGACUUCUUAUUCUUUUUCUUUUUUUCUUUUUUUGAUGGCUUUGGGGAAUGGUAACUUUCUUCUAUUGGCUACCUGAUGACAGGAAACAGGAAAUGUUCAGAGGGUUUUUUGAGGAUGAUGGACCCCCCCCCCACUGCAAAAACUUGUGACUCAAACAUUGGCCUUUUUCAUCUUGUACUUGACUUCUCUAACCGUCGGACGUGGUGGGAGGAGUCUGAGGUACCUUUUUUAUCUUGUACUUCUCUAACCGUCGGACGUGGUGGGAGGAGUCUGAGGUACCUUUUUUAUCUUGUACUUCUCUAACCGUCGGACGUGGUGGGAGGAGUCUGAGGUACCUUUUUUAUCUUGUACUUCUCUAACCGUCGGACGUGGUGGGAGGAGUCUGAGGUACCUUUUUUAUCUUGUACUUCUCUAACCGUCGGACGUGGUGGGAGGAGUCUGAGGUACCUUUUUUUAUCUUGCACUUCUCUAACCAUCGGACGUGGUGGGAGGAGUCUGAGGUACCUUUUUUAUCUUGUACUUCUCUAACCAUCGGACGUGGUGGGAGGAGUCUGAUGUACCUUUUUUAUCUUGUACUUCUCUAACCAUCGGACGUGGUGGGAGGAGUCUGAGUUGCUGUAUUGCUGACGCCGUUUUCUAGAAGAUGGUUUAUUUUUAGCAGAUUUGUGAGUCAGAGUGGUCCCAUGUGCACUCUGCUUGACUGAGAGACCACGGCCUCGGGCUCUGGCUCCGGCCGGUUUAAUCUGAUGCGUGUGUAAGCUAAAAGGAAUUUGUUUGUAAUAUUUCUAAACCAAAUGUGUAACUUGGUGGUAAUGUUACGACAUCGGCUCGUCUGCUUUCGUUUCGUGCGGGUUCGGGCCCUGCUGGUCUCGGCACUCCGUCAUGGAGGCGUUUUAACAUUGGAUUCAGAAGGACGCUGGUCCCAACGUGGAUGGAGUAUAUCUGAAAGGAGUUGGGUGGAGGCAGUGGAGGUGGUGGAUUACAGAUUAAGUUGAGGCGUCCGUCCCGGCGUUGACCUUGUGCGCCGGGACGUGGUGUGUGUGUCUGGGAUUAGCGCCCCUCCCAGACCUGUGCAGAGCGAUGUAGGUUAAACUGCUGCAGCUCCCCCCGUGUGUCCUGCUGGAAACGCUUUACGUGGGAUUUAAACUAUAUUUAGGCCUGUUCUGACUUCACUGUGAUUUCCAUCACACGUGAGUCUAACACUUGUGUUACUGUCACACUGUUGUGUGUUUCUUUUAUUUACUGUCAGACUGUUGUGUGUUUCUUUUAUACAGUAACACUUGUGUUACUGUCAGACUGUUGUGUGUUUUUAUACUCAGCUGUGAUGUAGAUGUUCCAGAGAAUCUUGUUUUUGUCGUUCCAAGUGGUUUGUCCUCUAAACUCAGUGGAGUGAGUCACGAUACAGACGGGGCGGCACUAGGACGGAUGUGGACACACACACACAAACACACAGGUAUCCACAAACCUCGAGAUAGGUAUGAUCAUACCUUCUGCUUCAGACACACUCAGCGGUUGAGGAAGUGUGUGUGUGUGUGUGUACAUGUUUUGCUAUCCUUGUGUGGACACAAGGUAGCAAAACCUGACAGCACGUACCUUCUGCGGACAUUUCAGAGGUCUGCACAAGGAAAAGGGUUUAUUUUAGGGUUAGGAAUUUGUUUUAGGGGUACGGUUAGACUUAGGGUUAGGUUAAGGUUAGGGUAAGGUUUAGGGUUAGAAUUAGGGUUAGGUUAAGGUUAGGGUAAGGUUUAGGGUUAGAAUUAGGGUUAGGGUAAGGUUUAGGGUUAGAAUUAGGGUUAGGUUAAGGUUAGGGUAAGGGUUAGGCAUGUGGUUUGCGUGGGUAAGGUUAGUGUUAAGGGCUAGGAAAUGAAUGUAGUCAAUGAGGGGUCCUCAUAAGGAUAGUGAAACGACUGUGUGUCUGUGUGUGUGU